AGGCAGAGAGUUGCGUGCGAAGAGCUCGACAUGUCAUUCAGAGGAAUCCGCCACCUGAAACGCGAGGAAGUGAAGGCGACUCAAUUGGGUAUAAAGAAUCAACCAACAUCUGCCUCGAGCAGUGCAAAGCUGAUGAAAACAUCAGCUCAGAGCUCAUGCGCGACCUCAACGAUUUUAUUUGAUUUCCUUUGGACCUAUCGCUGGAGUCGGUGCACCCUGGGAGACCCAUCUUUUAUUUUUAUUUUUUCUAUUUUGUUUUUUAUUUUGCUGCACGUUGAAGCGAAUGCGACUCAUCUACCAAAACUAUUGGAAAUAACUGAAGAUAUUAUAGGUUAGUCAUUUAAUAUCGCACCUGUUACCUCCACGGAGCGCGAGAUCAUGAUCCCGCCGGGGGACUGCAUGUAUGCGGGCAGAAAGAGGAGGAAGCCCAUCCAGAAACAGAAGCCUUCCUCUGCCAAUGAGAAAACCAACCCAUCCAAGCGACACCGGGACAGGCUGAACGCUGAACUUGACCGACUGGCCAGCCUCCUGCCAUUCCCCCCCGAUGUCAUCUCCAAACUGGACAAGCUGUCCGUGCUGCGACUCGCAGUUUCCUACCUCCGUGUGAAAAGUUUCUUCCAAGCGAGUCAAGAGAAGACCUCCAGAAAGCAGAUGAUUGGCUCAGCGUCCUCCAACCCCAACCCCAGGAAAGAGAGCGUCUCUCUAGACGCCACCAUCAGCGAGAGCAACCUCCUCUUGGAGUCUUUGACAGGCUUUGCCUUGGUGGUGAGCAGCGAUGGAAUGGUUUUUUAUGCUUCUUCAACUAUUGUGGACUACUUAGGAUUUCAUCAGACUGACGUGAUGCACCAAAAUGUCUUUGACUACAUCCACAUAGACGACCGCCAGGAGUUCAGGCGCCAGCUCCACUGGGCUAUGUGUCCUCCACAGCACCAGGGGGCGCCUGCACAAGAAAACCAACAAGCAUCAGGAGCUGGUGAGGACUUUGUAGUGAGCAGCCUGUUCAACUCCCCGGAGGCGGGAGAAAUCCCCCCCGAGCUCUCCUGCUUUCUCAACAGAUGCUUUUUAGCCAGAGUCCGAUGCCUCUUGGACAGCACCUCUGGGUUCUUGACCAUGCAGUUCCAGGGUCGGUUAAAGUUUCUCCAUGGUCAGAAAAAGAAGACAGCCUCUGGCGUGUUAGUGCCUCCCCAGCUGGCUCUGUUCUGCAUCGCUGUACCUCUUUUGCUGCCCCCCAUCUCUGAGAUGAAAGUGAAAAACAUUUUAAUGCGGGGAAAGAACAAGGGAGGAGGGGUUAUCUCUGCAAUGGAUCAAAGUCCUCACAGUGACCGUGGAGAGCACCUGCGGAGGCACUCCUUAAACGGAGGGAUGGGUGACAUUUCUGACCCUGUUCUCCUCUCCUGUCCCAAUAUGGGGGCUAGCCAGCGAGGCCACCAUGCUUCCUGGAAUGCCGUCUGCAAAGACAAUCACAAAUACCACCCUGAUGGCUACCUUAACCAGGAGGAGCCCCUCAACUACUGCAAGUCCUCCAUGGCGGCUCAUAAAGGUCUCCAUGCCGGUAUGGGUGGAGGCUGGCCCUUGCAGCAGAACUCUGGUCCUCUAAGAGGGGCUCAGGGCUGCAUCCCCACGAACCGCUUGAACAGGGCCAGUCAGUAUGGGAGGCCUUAUCGUUAUUCUCCGAGCUGUCACAACGGUAGAAGCAACGAGGUCUUCAUCUCCAAGCUCUACGAGAAUGUCCAGCUCCCGACAGAUCCAGACGCCUUCUGCGUAGACCUGGUGAAGAGCGAGGGCGACUACGCAGAGUGCUACGACCAACAUCUGAUGCCUGCAAUGCAGCCCAUCAAGGUGGAGCAGGACUCAGACUCUGAGAACGGAUGCGAUGUUUAUGGGCAAACCUGGGCAACCCGCGACCAAGUACCCAUUGACCGGCGCUAUGGCAACGGCUUUUAUGACCCAAACUCUGGCUUGCAACUUAAAUCAGAAGCAGAUUACUAUGACCAGCAGUAUUCGCCGUGUCAGCGGGGAAAAGUGGGAAUCAGCCCUCCGUACAACCACAGCAAUUAUCCAAACUAUGCAGUCAACAAUGGCGGCGGCACAGCUGCACGCCUCUUAAAAUCUGACAAAGACUUGAGUGACUCCAGCCACUUCAGUCCCCAAAGACUCUCCCACUCAGAUUCUCUAUGCAACAACCAAUCAGUCAACCACAUGGACCCCCACAUCUACCCACAAAACCCCAACAAGAGCUACAUGCACCCAGACUACAACAAGCACGGCACCUAUGAGUUCAAAGGUCAUGGUCGGAUCCAUUCAAUCAAGCGGGAGCCCAUGGACUCUCCGCCGUGGUCUGACAGCGGUCCUGACAUAAACCACUCCAUCAUGGUUGGAGCAAGGAACGUUAUGCCGUGUGUGAUGAGCACGGGGCACCAGCGGUCCAGCCCCUACAUGUACAUGCCAUAGGAGCAAUCAGACAACACACAGCCGAUGCUUCUCUGCAUGGGGUCAAAGCGGACAAGGCUUUAACUGACUUGGCAUCUGUCGUGUUUUCGUCGUUCUCAGUUUGCAUAUCUGGAAUAAUCCAUGUUUCAACACUUGUUUUUAUUUACAGUUUUCAUCACUCUGCCUAUAACUCUUCAACACUCUUCUAUCUCAUGGAGGACAAAAGCAAGAAUACAAGAGCUCUUAUUUUUCUGUCAAUGGCUUUAGCAAACUGACCAGCAACCUUAUUUGUGUGUGUUCACACACGUGUACCAACAUCAGCUUCUACGAGACAUUGUUUUUUUCUUAUUUUAUUUAACCCUUUGACGUCCAUAUAAUGUAAUUUAAAGUGUGACUUUCUUGGUAACAUACUUAGAAAAGCAGUUUGUGUUUUUUUUUCUUUAAAAAGGUUUUUUAAGAUUGUCUAUGGACAAAGAAUACAGAGUUUAAAAAAAACGUUUUUAUAAAGAUAAAUCUUUAUUUAAAAAAUCCAGUAUUAAUUGGCUCAUGAAGUUAAUUAAAUGUCCUACAAUUGUCAGUUCUUUAAUCGAUUUGACAAAAAAAUGCUUUUCUCUUGUUUUCAAUGUAAGAUCACUGAUUUAACUAAUACAAUCUUCACCUUUAAAAACACUAGUUUUGUGAAAACCCGCCAUGACAAUCAAGAAAAGUUGGUUUUGGGAGGGAGAGGGGAGAAUUGGAGGAUGUUGAAUUCAGUCAUGAAUGGAUUCAAUUAAAUAUAGUUAAAAUAGCUGUUUUUUAUUUUUUAAUCUAAAGAGAUUUUUUAAUUCUCUCCUUUUAAAGGGCAACACCCCUUACAAUACCUUAAGGUAACAAUAAAGUUACCUUACCCCAAGGAAUGCAUCACCUUUUUAUCUCCCCGUCACACAUGUUCGAUAUACAAACAAAUCAAUGUGCAUUAAAAUGCUUUGUCCCAUCAUUUUCACAUGCAUAAACGGAUAAAAGCUUUUGAUCGGGACGUUUCCCAGGAUUUUCAAGACCAAGAAAAUGUUUCCCCGAGGCUCAGGUUCAGAUGUUGUUCUUCUGACAAUCAGAAAUACUACAUAUUGUCCGGUUUAUGGAUAAGAUUUAUUUUUUCACGGUACGCAGAAUUAGAUUAUUGCAAGCACUUUUGGGUUUGUCUACCAGCACGGUGUUUAAUUAGCUUUCAGUUAAAGAUUAGGCAGACUUUCAUGGGGUAAUAACAUUGUAGGAAGUGACUUAUUCACCAAUUUGAGCUUUUUUUUAUGCACAUGGCAGUCAAUGUUAGCAAAAUUAGAUUAGCUUCCAAAAAUAACACUUCCACGUCUAAGAGAACAAAUUCCUUUUAAAAUGUUAUUGACUGUUAAAUGACUAAAAAGACGACAAGAGGACUUCGAAGGAAGCAAAAAAAAUUGUGACACUUCUUAAAAGAUAAAACAAUCAAAUAUUCCACACUCAAGAGUAAUUUGUUACCUAGAAACUCUAUUAAAAAAUCUCUUAUUUAACCUUGGCCUUAAUCAAAGAUAAUGUGAAUUAAAUAUAUAUUAUCUUAUCAAACACCAAUGCGUUCCAUAGCAUCAGUGAGUAGGGGGGACAAAGUAUAUUAUGAGUUUAGUUGAGUGUUAGCUCCACCCACCUGCUAAUAAAUGAAAUGCCUCCAGUAAAUCAAACUAUUAACCCCCUCUCCCCCAUGUCUGUUGUAAAUUGAAAACAAUAAACAUCAAAACUGUUUUUGUAAGCGAUCAGAUCAUAAAUUCAGCUUUUUAGCAUCAGCAUUAAAGGCAAAUGUCUCAAACCAGCCCCCCAGUGGCCAUUUGAGGAACUGCAAAAUUUGGGAAUUCCAGGUUAGUUUUAAAGAAUGUGCGUUAAUCUCAUGGUAAUAAAUAAUUAAAAAGGUUUUAAAAAAGAGCUAUUGUUCAGAUAAAUAAAAAAUAAAAUAAAAUCUAGCAUUAAACAUUGUAAAUCUGAAGUUAAAAACCAGUAACAAAAAAUGAAACUUCUUUAAAUAACUGACUUUUUAAAUGAAGUCUAUUGUUUCAUUAUUUAAAUGAGGCUAAAACUAAAAUAAACCAAUUACAUAAAAAAAUACAUACAAAAUAUAUCCUUCAACACAUAAAAAAUCAAUUUUUGAAUUAAAGGAGGGGUUUUAUAUUUAUGUUGGUAACAACAGUUUUACAUUUCACUUCCGAAAACUACUGCUGCAACAAUGUUCACACUUGAAAUUAUCUUUUUAUAAAAUUUGCAACUACAAUUCAAUAAUAAACAAGCCAACAUUUUUCAAAAUGUACAAGUUUUAAUGUUAUUUAAAUUGUUUUUCGGUUUUAUAAACCCCAUUUAUGGUUGCUCUUAUUUCUGUAUACCUCUUAGAUCACAUGACAUUUCAGAAAAUAUUUUUUAAACCUUAAGUUUUCUACAUGCUGCCUGAAAAUUGCAUGUCUAUGUACGUUCUAAAUGAACAUGUUUGCAAAGAAUUAAAACGUAUUUGUUAAGCGCACCGCAGAUUUUGAUCAACAAUAGGUCAAUUUUGAUACCUAAUUAUUUUUGAAGACGUCUUUUUUUUUUUGGCCUUUCUUUCUGACAAACAAAUUUACUACGAUAUUAAUCAAAAAAAAGAGAACUGAUAGUGUUUAUGUGGUUUUUUUACACCCUUACCUGCUUCCCAAGAUUUUCCAAGUGUGGUCCUUCAAUCUAAAGAAAAUAUUUGAAGGAGUGAAAAAAACGCUGUCACUCACUUCCAAGACUUACUUUUUCUUCACCUAUCAAAACAAUUUGGGUUUUGUUGUUUAGAAAUCGGAUUUCCCAGAAUGAGGUUUUACUGAGAGGUUGUGUCAACUCCUGGUGUAAAUAGAGAUCCUUUUAACUUUUAUUCAAACUGGUGCAGAUUAGAUUAUGGGCAGAUCAAUGUGAUAAAGGAAGUGCCUCCUCUUUUAAGUCCAAGGCAAAUAUAACAGAAAACACAUGGCAUAUUAUACCAUGUCAUUAUUUCUGCAAAGUUAUAACCUAGAAGUAGGAAGGUUCUAGACAGUGGUGGAGCGAAAGCAUUUCAUAUGGAGGGGCAGAAGACUUUGGAUGGGUGGCAAACAAGAGUGGAAGGUCAUUACAAAUUAUUCAUUCAUUUAUUUUCUAAAUCCGUUUGAACCCUUACAGGGUCACACGGCUGCCGAUAGGUAGGCUCCUGGUGAGUGAAGGCAGGGAAGGGGGGGGGGCAAGCUUUGUGCAGGGUGGGCAGCAGCUCCCCCUGUAGCUCCGCCCCUGGUUUUGGACCAAAGUGAAUGACAGCAGGUUGUGACAAUCAAAAGCAUAAAAUGGACAGAUCGUCAGCAAAUGUGAGAUCUUUUGCUUUAUGUUUUGAUGGUUUUGGGUCUCAGGCAUUUAAGGGUUUACGGAGAAAGAAGUCAGUUCUGGGCUUUGACUCAACGUUCAAAAACACAGAAGUCGGUUGGUCUUUUUUUCCCCGACUUUUCAGAUGUUUGACUACAGUAACAGUCUUUUUUUCUGUGAAAAACAAAGGCAUUUCAGCACAAAGGCCUUCUUUCAUUUGGGAGGCAUGGUGGUGGUAGGUUAAUGAUUUGGAAUUGCGUUACAUUCACAGAUUAAGCAAAAAUAAAGAGGUCAGUCAUUUAUGAUGAUUGCUCACUACUUUUUUUUUUUCCAAACAGAAAAUAUCACGUCAAUGAUUUCAUGAAGUGAAAAUCUAAUCACUACGAGCAUUUUACAACUAUUAAUUCAACUGUGUUCUGAUGGUAAAAAUGUUGAUGGUUAAUUAAAAAAAAAAUUAAGCACAUUUUUUGGCAAAAGUUGUUCAAAAGCAAUGCAUUGUGGUCUAUAUUCGCCAAUCUAGUGAGCAGCAAUGCACACUGGAUUUUUUUUCAGAGACUUCUGGGAAAUUUGUAGGGCACUGGAUUUUGAAAUAAUAGAUUGUGACAGCACUACAAAAUGGCGAACGCACUAUAUAGUGCACUAUGUAGUGAGUAGUGAAGGAAUUCGGACACAGCCAAUGAGGCUAUACCUCAAAUAGAUUCAACUAGAACUUUAUUAACUUGUAAACAAAUUUAAAAAUGAAUGACAUUUCUGCACAACAAUACAAAAUAAAAAGUUUUACAGUCAUAUAGUCAGUUAUACAAGCUGACGAUUUUUUGUUUAACUGCCCUGCAACAAACAAAAUGUCAGGAAGUUGGAUCUUCCCUUUUUUUAUUGUUCACCUUUCAUUUUCCUAACCGUUUUUCCCUUUCGGGGUCACGGGGCUGCCGGAGCCUAUCCCGGCCACUUUUGGGCGAAGGCCAAAAACUCAUUGUUUUUGAAGAUUUUUAUGCAUGAGACAAUUUUCUGUAAACUUACAAAACUCCAGGAAAAAGUCUGCCUUUUUUGUUGUUGUUUUACCGUUCAAAAAUGUAAUUUCUGAAGAUUUGUCAACUCAGAACUUUGCUUAUCAAAACCCUUGUUCAAACAGAUCAUUUUAAUUUUUAUUCUUUGUGAUUUUUUACUGAUUCAAUUAUGGCACAAGACCAGAUCAAUCCAUCUCAGUUCAAGCACAGCCUCACCACAUUUCUUUUGAAUUAAACCUCCACUUCUCAUGUGUUUAACACUUUUUGUCUUUUCGUCAGUAUUUUUGCACAUGAGUUGAAAGCACAGAAAAGUCUUGGUUCUGUGAAGCCACUGUUGUAGCUUCUAAAUUGCACUACUGGGAACAGUUCAGUUGAAGAUCUUUGGCUUAGUACCCAGAAAGGCUUCAACACGCACAACUGUACAGUGUCACUGUUCUAGAUUUGUCUUUUUUGUGUGUUUGUGCUCAAGUCGGUAAAUGUUUAUUUGUAUUUAUUAUAAAAGGCAAAAGGUGUCUAAUUUAAAAAGUACAGUUUUUAAGGCUUCUCUGUUUUACUAACAAAUAUAAAUGGCUUUUUUCCCUCCUCAAUAUCUUUUUAAUAAAGUUGAACUCAUGAAGGAAGAUAGCAAACACAGUGUAAAUAAGCGGCGUCUUCCAAUGUUUCUACUUGUUUUUCUUUUGCAAAUGGGACUUAUCUAUUAAAGACCUUCUUUAUAUGUUGGAUCUGAGUGUAGUAUUGAUCUUUUGUCAACAGAAAUGCAUCCGUGCACGGUCAGUCCCUGGAGAAAAAGACCUUCUGCUCUCUAAGAUCCAACAGGACUCAGUCUUUAUUGUUCCUUUUAGAAGCUGUUGAAUUUUUCGCAUUUACCAAACGCAGAUUCAUCCUAUCAGAUUGGUCUCAGUUAAUAAUACAUAAGCAGAACAGGAUCCGGAGUGUCUACGGCCACAUUCCCUGUAUGAUUAAUGUGCUGCCAUGCCGGCAUGACAGCUCUUUCACACGAUCCGGGAAACUUGACGCACAUCCCUCACUGCCAUCUGGGACAGUGGACACGGCCAGGGGAGCGCUGGUAUGUGUAAGAAAUGCAGUGGCCAUCGAGGACGCAGAAGGAGGAAGACAUGGAAGCUAAAAGCUGUGGUGAGAUUCUCUGGAGACCUUAAGGUCUGCCUUACCCUGGCAGUCAGAUAAUGUUCACUUAGCAGGUGUGGUUUGAAGCCGCUCCUGAACAUUUAAUUACACGACAGCUAUGCCUGGUUCUCAUCUUUGGUGUAACUUUAAUUUGCGGUGGCUGUUCUAUAUGAGGCCAGAACAGUCUCAUAAUUCAGAAUUGCACACACUCCGAGUCACAAAUGCACACACGUUCUAAAAGUUGCCAUUGUUGUUGACCACCACUGUUUAAAAAUUGUGUGACCAUAAAAAUUUCAGUGACAAACAACUCAUGUGACAGUGUAAUGCUAAAA